AUGGCGCUAAAUUUCAGCGAUCCUGCUGUUCUCUACCAGGCUGUAGCGGCCGCACCGGUGCAGGCAUACUUCUAUGGAGCUUAUCACGUCAAAGAGAUGCAGGACGGAAUCGGUCAGUUGCAAACGGGAUUGGAAUAUUGCACUGGAAUAGCAACACAGUUGAACAAAGACAUUGGUGGAAACGAUGGCAGUGCUAUUGUCAUGGGGUGCGGUUGGCCGUUGAUUCUCCUAGGUUCGUAA